GACGGGCCCGGGAAAACCCCCCGCAAUAACGCCAAUUGAGGCGCAAUCAGGGCCAAACCCCCCAGCCAGAUCUGGUAAAGGUAUCAUACGGAUAGCUUGAGGCCAAUCUCGUUGCUGUCAAACCUUCGACAAAGCAAUCGAUCACGGGGCUUGCAGCUGCUCCCCCAAAGCUCACGGUCCCGAGCUACAACGAGCUGCGAAAGCUUCUGUGCCAUAGGUAGACAGCUGCACUUUUUCCAACAAAACCACGCUCCCCCCUCCCCCUUCCUCCAGACCUAAGCUCUCAGCAGAAGAAACAAUUUCUCCUUCAAACACUUCAAAAACCCGAGCCAGGUGCGAGCGGGGGAAAUGGCUUCAAGGUAUAUACCAGCAUACACGGAGGAAACACUCGCGGUAUUGAGCAGGCCGCCAUGGAAAUUGGUCCAGGGAAUUGCCAACUUUCGUGACAUUGGGGGGUACCCGCUUAAGGAUGAUUCCGGCAGUGUAUGAUUUCCCCCUUCAUCAUUGACUUUGAUCUUACCCCCUUCAAUUGACUUGGGUUGGUGGCGAUUAUUAACUGGGCACAUGCUAGGUUCGACGUGCCUUCAUUUAUCGUUCGGCUGAGCCCUCGCGAAUUACCGACGACGGAAAGAUUUUGCUAAGGGAUACUAUGAAAGUUUCCAGCACCUAUGACCUCCGCUCAAUACCGGAGCUGAAGAGAAUGGAGAAGGAGGCACCGAUCGUUGAGAUUGAAGGCAUAACCAGGAAUUUUGUGCCCGUAUUUAGAGAUGUGGAUUAUUCCCCGGAGUAUGCCUUCCCUCUACCUCUGUCUCCCAUUCCCCCCCACCACCAAUUGCUUAGCAAAUUAGAAAUGUGGCCCUCCGAUUCAAGUCUUAUUCCUCCGGCGACUUGACAGAAGCAUAUCGUUGCAUACUCCAAGCUGGAGGGAAAACCGCGUACCGCUCUAUUCUCUCGCAUAUCCUUACCCGGCCCAAUGACCCACUGCUCAUACACUGUACUGUUGGCAAGGACCGAACGGGUAUCAUUACUGCGUUGAUACUUCUACUAGCGGGUGUCGACGACGAGGUUAUUGCGGAAGAGUACGCCCUUACGACGCUAGGCAUGGAGUCUGUCAAGGAGGCAAUUUGGGAUCAUCUGAUUAAGCAGCCAGUGUUUGCCAAGGGGGAUGCUGAAGCCAUUCAAGGUCUGGAGAACAUGCUUAGUUCAAGGUGCCUCAGCUCUCUCCCCCCUCUGCCCGGCUGGCGAUGGUCGCUAAUUCCUGAGCAGAAAAGACACCAUGCUGAAAACCCUCAAGAUAAUUGACAAGGAGUUUGGCGGGGUAAGGGAAUAUCUUGACAAGCAGUGUGGUUUCUCGGGAGAAGAGAUUGAAACAAUUCGCAAGAACAUUGUUUGCGAUGAGCCGCCUUGUUUCCCCCCCGAAGUAGCUUAAAUUCCCUUUUUCAUUUUUUUUUUUUUUCAUUUUCAUUUUUUCCUUAUGCGUUAGCUCCCACGAGCUUGUCGGCGUCAUCUUCGAUUACUUGAAUUUGACUUGCAAAUAGCAGUUCACAUGAACAGGUCGCCACUUUCCUUUUUCUUCUUCUUUCUUUCCCCUUGAUGAAGCUCUCAAUGCAUGCUUCUGAUGUUAAAAAAGGCUAAAAGACGAGGGGGGAGUCACUCCUCCUGGAUGGUCCCUCGUUACUUCUUGAAGUCCGGGUGUGGUAAUCGAGUGAUGCAUGAUGAACUGCUUCUGUUAAUUCCAUUAAACGCACUGUGCGACUAGGGGGGGUAAAAGACGCCUUGAAUUACACGCAGUGACGGAAGUUUGGGCAAAAUAGUGUCUAUCAAUGGAAACUCGUUUUGUAGAUCUUUUCCUGUUUUC